AUGCUAUCAACCCUCCUCGCAGCCCUCUGUCCAUGCUCCUGCACCAGCCCGACACCUCCCCCACCACCAAACACCACAACCACAACCACUUACAACCACCACCACCCCAACAGCAUCCAAUACCAAACCCCCCUAGAACCCACCCUCACCCUCCCAGCCUACACCCCCCACCCCAACACCGAAACCCUAAACGAAAAGACCCUCGCCCUGCACCUCCGCGACCCGCCCAUUUCCUCAUCCAGCUACAACAACAACAAUUCUUUCCCCCUCGACGAGAAACACCCCUACACUACUACAUCCACCACCACACCUACCUCAUCCACACUACCUGACGGUAUAUCUACAAGCAACAAUGCCACAGCAGACGACGCCUCCUCGCAAAUCUCCUUCCCCAGCACAACCCACAGCUACGGAAACACCUCCACCGCGACGAGGGAGACUCCGCCCCCGCCAUACUCGCCGACGUGGAGGGGCCACGCAGAGGGGGAGGUCGAGGGGGUGAUUUCGCCGGUGCCGUCGUUGAGUUUUUCGGGUGAUGGGGAGAGGUCUAGGUCUGUGUCGGUUUCGGGGAGGAGUAGUGGGAGUUGGGGGGAGGGGGGGAGUAGUAUUGGCGAUGGGGAUGGGGAUAGGGUGAGGAUUGUGGCGCCGAGGGGGGUGUAUAUAGCGGGUCAGGGUGGUAGAGGGGAUGGGUAUGGGAGGAGGUGGGGGGAUGAGGGGAGUGGGAAUAUUGGGGAGGAGUAUUAUGGGGUUGGGUAUGGCGUUAGGGAUGGGGAUUUGGGGAGGGUGAGUUAUGAGAGUGGGAGGAGUGGUGGUGGGAGGAGGGGGUCGUGGGGCGCAUAG